AUUUAGACAUUGCCAACUCUCUUGGCUUACUUGAUCACUAUAGGAAUCAAAAUUUGCUUGUGCUGAUCUUUUCAUUCUGAUGUACAGACAGAACUUCGAAAGUAUGUCGAAGUUGCAUAGAACUGUGAGAUUUCUGUUGCUUGGUAUGAUCGUAUCCUUCAUGUUUAUUGCGACUUCAGGGGCUCGUCUUUCUCCUGGAUUCGAAUCUACUGCACAAAGGCCUGGAGGCAACCCUCAUUUGACAUGGCAUGAGUUUGGGAUUGAUGAAGCCAAGUUGGAGUGCUAUCGGAGGAGGAAAAUCCUGGAUGGUGCCACCAUGAGAAUGGCACCAGGAGGACCAGACCCUCAACAUCAUUCUGGAGUACCACCAGCAUUGUCGAGCUAUAUUGAGGAUCUGAUAGCUGGUACUGGUGAUUGUCGAGACACAAAUACAAAGUUAAACUCAGAAUUGAGAGUCUGCCGAAGGGCUAUCCUCUUCAUCCACAGCCGACCCACAAACAGAAAAUAUCGGGUAAAAUCUGGUGAAGUGCACAAUGAGCAAGAUGAUACUUCUGAUUCAAGCUACAAAACAAGGUCAAUGACACUUGGUCAAGUUACAACGUGAAUAUCCAAGAUCCAACAACUUAAAUGUUAUUCUCCAAGUAGCGUUCGGGAAAGCAGGUUC